GAUACUAUUGGAAAGUAAGACUCAGGAGACUAGAUAAGCACAAGCGAAUUAAAGGAAGAAAAAAUGUAGAAGUUUAUUAAAAACAAGAGGAUCAACUACAUCAAGAGCACCAUUCAAAUUGUCGUUAUCCCGAUAACUUUUGGUUACCUUUUUGGACAGGUUUGUGAUUGACUGGUGAAAGACUGAAUACGAAUACUCAAUCUCAAACUUCUAUUUUUGGACGACGAACUAACAAGAUGCCGACUUACAACGACCACAACCGAGGAGGUUGGCAGUCCCAGUCGCAGAACUGGGACAACGACCAAGAAUGGAAGAGGAAGAAUUGGCGCGACAAUAACCAAUCACGGAAGAAUUGGACCGAUGAGGAGUGGGGGUGGGCUGAGUGGAACAAAAAUUGGGACUCCAAUUCGAAGGACGACUCGUCUACUCCUGCUGCGCCAACCUUCAGCGGCGGUGGUGGUAACGGUGCUGGUGCUGAUGUGUCCAGGUCGUCUGCAGGUCACCAGAACGACAGCAACAGUACCUCGACAAACAAUAACAACCGUGGGACGCACCGGGAGAACGACUACAGCGGCGCGAACAAUGGCCCAAGUAGCAGUGGAACCCGCCCUCAAUCUGACACAUCGCAGAGAGCCAGUGACCCACACCCCAAGAUGGAUGCACACGCACACUCACCAGCAAGCACCUACUCCUCUACUCCAAUGGGAGCCUCGUCCGCAACAGGUGCAGCUAACAACAAUGUAUACGCAGAGGAGGAGGAAGAACAAGAAUUCGACUGGGCGCACCAAAACUACGGAAGGAAAUUGGUUUCACUGUUGCGCCAUCCGGUACUCUUAACUAAGAUAAUGAUGCUUCACUUGUGAUUGGUUCUACCACCUCUUAAGAUAUGUUUAUAACUCCGCGCGCUCUUUGUCUUUGUCUUUGCUUCGAAGGUUUAGCGAUUCCCCAUCCUCACCGGGGAAUAGUAAAUUGGCACUGUUUUUUAUGAAAAGACAACUAAGAUGCCCUUCACUUUUUCUUGAAUACCUCAUGACCAGAGUAGAUCAAAAUUACUGAAUUAUCUAGCAGCGGGCGCUAUCUUGUUUUUAUAUCUCUCGGUUUAUCCCAGGAUCGCAAGACUCGUGGCUAUCGUAAGGCAGAAGUUGACGAUUACGGCUUUGCCGAAAUGUCCGCCCUUCCUGAUUUCGAGGCAAAGCCGUGCUCUCUGCCCCUGUUGCGGAUGCUAGAGCGCUACGACGUCAAGGGUCGAGAAAAGCGCUUUGAGGUGUACGUCGAAACCGGAAACGAGCGAGGAAAUGAGGGCUCCGGUUCGAGUCGUGUCUUCGUUCGCGCUCAAGGGAAACACAGUCGCGACAACGUGAAGAGUGAUUUCUUCAUGGUCAAGGAACCGGAUUGGUCGUUUUGGAACACCCAGCAUGAAAAUGCUGUCUACAAUAGUAGUAGUACUCCGAAUCAGCAAGAGCAAACUGGGGACCGCACAGGAAGGAACCACGUUCCUUGCUCUGGCAAAGCGCCGAGCUCGACAGCAAACAACACAUACAACGAAUCGUGGACGACUGAACAGGAGCCGUCCUCUUCUUGGUCGACUGGCAAUGGUGCCAGCAGGUACAAUGCGAAUGAUCAGCAUCAAGGAAAAGGAUCCCGCAACAGCAAAGGCAAAAUACUUGACAAUUCAUACAACUACAACAAGAACUAUAUCGGGUCGUCCUCCUCCUCCAGGGACAUUCAGGAAAAAGGAGACUACAAGGGGAAGGGCGGGAAUUCCUACAGCUGCAAAGGCAAGUCCAAGGAAGAUCAAUCUUCGUCUUGGUGGGCAACCACUUCAUCCGGCUACAAAGGGAAAGGUGGCAAGGAUUCAUCUGGAAAAAAACCCGAAUGCUCUGCAACUUUUGUCUACAGAGCAAAAGGCGACGAGGAAGCGCCCGAUUCUCGUGGUGGUAGAGAUCCAAUAGAUUUAGAUGAAGCUAUACUAAUUAUUACUUACAACAAUUACUCAUAUCGCAUCAACGUGGCUUCGAGUUCGUCGACGUUCCUACUUUGAUUUUUCUUCAUCACCAGGAUUAAUGAUCUUUCAAUUUCACACUUCAUCUAUGUUGUGACUUAUUUUUCCACGACUUUGUUGCUGCAGCGAAGGAGUAAUGGAAGAUGAGUACUGAUUUCUUAUUUUUUGUUUUUUAUUGUCAUCAAAUGCGAUCCUAUUUCAAAAUUGUGUUUCAUCUUGUUCUUGUUCUUUCAUCCCAUCAGGUUCCAGGAAGGGCAUCUUUCUUACGCAUAUUGAGUCGGUUCGCCGCCGUAAAGAGACAGUAAAGGAGUGGUUUGCACCGUUUGAGAAGGACCACGUAUUCGGAGGUGACUCAUCCGAUUUUGCAUGGAAAGUUAAGGCAAUGGUAGACACAUCCAGCAGCGCCAUUUCUUCGGUAAUUUCCUUUUGCAAAUAAGUAUUUAAAUAUCUCGGAACAAGGAAGCUGCACUUCUAGAAAUACUUACACACUGGGCUCUUGCCAAGAGCCUCUUGGGAAAGCUAGUAGAGUGCUUAGGGACCGUGCUCGCUAUAGCUUCGUAGAUGGACUACAAAUCCAAAUACAAAUAGAGACUUCUAAGAAAAAUUUGGAGUACUAUCUCACCGAGAAAAAUGCCGACGAGGUUCCGAUGUGCCUGCUUGAGGACGGGGGUCCCGGAUAUCCACGCACGUUCCGUUUCAUUCGUCGGGCCGGCACGGAAAGUGGAGCACUGCCUGCCCUGCGAUGCAUUCAGGUGAAUACACGCGACAAACAAAAGCAAGAGGAGGUACUUUCUAAUCAGUGUCGCGCAUCAGACUCGAAUGCUCUUGAUGUUCGUCCCUGUAGCUGUUUUUAAUUAAGUAUAAGUUUUUCAAUUGCAGCCGGCGUAGCUCCGAAAAGAACAUUAGGAUUCACAUUAAACUCAGUUCAUCUUCUAGAUGCUGGAAAACAGUGUCUCUUUUCAAACCUAUCAACACUAGCUGCCUCUUAUUUCGUCGACCCCGCUAACUCCGGAGCAGCAGAAGCAAUACAUUACAAGCGUCAAAAAAUACUGCAAUCGCAAGGAAGACGAAGACGAGAUCAAACUCGAUGAAGCGGGAGGUAGCUUCCCAGGAAUUCGCUUCGACGAUAGGUUAUGGCUCUUCAUGGAGAUUGGAGGAAAGAUCAGCCAGGGCGACGCUUAUACGUUCACGCUCUACAAUCCCGAAUCCCAACAAGUUCGCGUUCUCGUUCCAUGUGAAAAGAGAGAGCCUAGAAGUAGAAGAGCCGAAGAAGAUAACUGAGCUCUUUCUUAUAUAUAUUAUAGCUUCUACUGCGCAAGCAGCACCAGCAGGAUCGAAGAACUUCCGAAAUACAAAUAGAUUUCCGCCCCGUUUUCAAUGGUCUUCCUUGAUGGUCUUGCUCUUUCACAGGUUAAGAUUUGAGAUUGAUGAAAAAAUGUACGAAACAACUAGAACAAGAAAUUGUAUCCAGAAAGAACAAGAGAUGUUGCUUUAAUAAAAAUGACUAAAGUUUUUCACAGCGAGUAGGACCAGAUUGAUGCGGAGGAUCACUUAAGGUUCAGCGAGCACCUUGUUAAUGCGUCGUGCGUAUUUGCUUCUACUUUGAACUACUCGAGGACAACCGACCUCGGAUACUACGUAGGGACAUAAAAUGAAAACCUGAGCGCCUACGAAGGACUUUUAUCCUCAUCUUUUGAAGAUAUCAUUCUCAAACACAAAUAGCAUAAGAUACUGACAUCGUGAGUACGGAUCAUGUUGAAGCAAAUGUAGGCACCUAGCACCCCGCCAGGGAAAAUGAUAUCUCGGUCUUUAAGAUUCUAUGCUUUUCGAAUGAAAAAAAUGCACGGAAAAUUAUACGUGAAUAAGAACAAAUACAAAAGCAAAAGCAUGAGUAUCUUUUUUACCUUUCUUAUAAAUAUAUAUCAACAUUUAUUCUAUUUUUAUCUUUGGGGUCGCUUCCAGCUCCGGAGACCUAAGACCAUCACACUGUGCUGCUUUCCGCGCGUUGACCUUGUAUUUGAUAUCGAGUUCUUCCUCUAUUGUCUGCCUCGUCCUUCCUGUUGAAGGCGGCAGGUUAGCGAUACUUGACCGAAGCCAUUCAGACCAAUUUUCAAAAAUGAAAUUUGCGACUUCGCGUUUUUUUCUUCAUUCGGGAAAAAUAUAAGCUCAAACGCAUGAGCGGCAAUGCCUUUGGAUGCGUACUCACACGAUCAUCAUCUUCAGAUGAAAACCCUACUAACAUCAAACACGCGAAAGCUACAAACGAGUACAAAAAUACUAAAUUGAUAGAGUAUAUGCAUAUGGCGUCUCCUUCCCCUUCGGCGUGCGAUAAAACGGAUUACCCACACCGCCUGAUGAUGAUGACUCAUCCCAAAACUAUUCUUGGACGCCAAGACACAGACAGUGACUAUUCAGCCUAGCUCGUUGAAGAUUGUCAAUUAUCUGUCCCCUCUUUCAUCCACAUCAAAGACUGACGAGGUAUCCUCCUGAUACUCAGCGAAGCCACGUCGAUGUCUCACUGCCUG